AAGAGACAAUGCAAGCAUCUUUUUUUCAAUUGCAUCUCUAGUUUUUCACCAUUCUCAGUUAGUACCUCCAUCUUCAUCCUAAUUUCUCGUUUUUCUCUUUCAUUUCACUCACUCAAAAUUGGUGAGUUUUGUUCUUUUAUUUCACUCACUCAAACAUGGUGAUUUGGAAUCUGAAACCAAGCUUGCUCUUUGCUUAGUGAUAAAAGGGAAGUUGUAGAUGGUGCUACUUGUGUCAAAUUCCCUUUGUUUGUGUUCUUUCCUUCCUGUUUUUUCUUCUUCUACAAACUCAUGCUAUUGAGUAUCUUCAAGCCAGAAUUGUGUUUAGUCCAAACCCGUGUAAACCAACCCGUACACCCGUUGACCCGAACAAACCCAACCCGUAAAAACCGAGGCUUGAAAUUGGGUUGAAUUGGGUGACGCCACUUCACCCGCGGGUAAGGACGGGUCGAGCUUUUGGGCCCGAACCCGUCCGAACCCGCCCGUUGUCCAGCCCUAACCGUCACAGUUGAUAUCACUACAGUCCUAAGGAAUGUCUUCUCCAAUAGGAUAAAGAUUAAAGAAACAGUACAAGAAGCAAGGGGCAAUCGCCAGGAAGCAGCUAUCUUUAUAUUUUGCUGGCCGUCAAGAUCCGGCAUCUGGUAUUGAUAUCAUUGUGUUGGAGAGCAUUAUUCAUCAUUGGUUGUGGAGUGGUUGCUGUUAUUAUUGAUAAUAGCAUGGAUGCUUUAAGCAUGUGAAAAGGAGGUAUACUCAGAUCUUGUUUAAAGAGAUCAAUAACUAAGGAAGUGUGGAGGAACUUUGCAUAGCACCUGUAUCCUUCCUUCCUCUCUAGGCAAUUACUUGGACUCUUGUUUUAGAGAUAAUGGGUAUGCUUCAAGCCAACAUUCAUGACUUGAUCAACGAGAACUUGGACUGGAUCCGAAUAUGCUUCCUUCAAUGUCGCAAAUGAGUCAUCUGGCCAGCAACAAAGAAUUUUAGGUGAAAGUAGUGAUCAAAUUAACCUAUCUGAUGGAGUUGGUUUACCUGAACUUGAGGAAGUGUUAAAGCAGAAGACUUUCACCAGAUCAGAGAUUGAUCAUUUGGUAGAGCUUAUGCAUUCAAGAUCUGUAGAUACAGCUGUUAGGGAAGAAGGGAAUAAGACAGAAGCAGUUCCAUUAGAAUCAAUGUUGCCUCUUAACCAAAAGGAAGAGUAUCCCCGUACUCCAGCAGUAGAAAAUGGGAUAAAAAUCCAUCCAUUUUCAACAUCACAUGCCACUUCCAGUGUUUCUGUUGAAGAUGUUGCUUCACCUGUGCAACUAGCAAAAGCUUACAUUGGGAGCAGGCCUUCCAAGGUAUCCCCAUCAAUGUUAAGCAUGCAAAGUCCUACUGGGGAGGAUUCAACUUUAAUAAAAGGCCAUCACUUUGCUCAAAAAUCCCCUGUUAUGUCAGUUGUGCCAAGGGCUAUUAACCAUGCUAGGGUUUACGAAAAUGGUUUUUUGACCCCAAGAUCUCGUGGCAGAUCGGUUAUAUAUAAUAUGGCUCGAACACCUUAUCCUAGAGUUUAUCCAGACUCCACACCCAAGGGUGCUGGGGUUGGUGUUGAAAAUGGGCCGUCAUCUUCAUCUCAGCAUGCACUCGAUCAUGGUGUGCUUUCUGGAACUAAACAAGGGGGAUUAAAACGCAGAAGUACUGUAUUAGAAAAUGAUAUAGGGUCUUUUGGUCCUAUUCGCCGAAUCCGUCACAAGGCUAGUCUUCUAUCCUCAAAAGGAUUGACCUUGACCAAUUCAGACAUCCCUGUAUCUAUAAAUAGUGGUGGGAUUGAUGUUGUGCAGCAACCUUCGUCUUCCAUGCAGAAGCCUAUUCUGACGGGUGAAGUUAAGCAUAGCCGUACGAAAUCGUCAGCGGAAAAUGAUCACACCAUGCCUAAUAGCAGCUUUCCUCCUUUACCAUCAAAAUCUAGUGAGAUGGCAUCAAAAAUACUGCAGCAAGUUGAUAAGAUGGUUUCUCCCAAAGAAAAAUCAUCGGUACUAAGGCUGCCACAUGUGAGUGAUAAUUCUCCAUCGAAGUUGUCAUCUUCCAUGUUACGAGGACAAGCUCUUCGAAGCAUGGAGACAGUAGAUUCAUCAAAAUUAUUGGAUAAUCUACAUGAUAAUGAAUUAAAUGGCACUCUUAGAAGUUUGUCUGCUAGUAAUCAAAAGUUGACAUCAAAGAUAAGCAAGGUGGAAAAUGGCCUGAAGCCUGUUUCACCGAAUGAUGGAUUAAUUCCUGCAGUAACUGGUUCAGACUCACCUGUCCCAAGAAACCAAGUCAUAUCUAUCGGAAAGUCUAGAGAUUCUUCUGACCCUCCCUCAAAAAAGAGGGCAUUUUGUAUGAGUGCACAUGAGGAUUAUCUUGAGUUGGAUGAUGAUGAUGAUGCCUAUCCUAAUGAAAAUGCAUCUCCUUUCUCUACUCCUGCGGCUGAGAAAACAACCUUUGCCAUCGAAAAACCUGUACAGGAGACGCUACUGGGUUCAUCUGCAGUGUCGUCAUCCAAAAGUUUUAUAGCAGAUGGUAAACUUAGGAAUGCUGAUGGUUCUAUAGUUGAUGAGAAGGUUGACACACCAACACCAAUAACUUCAUCUAUUGUUGCUGGUUCUACCGCUAAGCCAAAUACGGGCUCAGUUAAAGCAUCGACGCACACUAUUUUUGAUUCCGACAAGUCUACACCAAAUGGAUUAGCUGCUAAUCCUCACCUGUUUAACUUGGGGAAAAGUUUUGUUCCUUCAACAGAGCUGUCAGGUGCUGAUGCUCAAUCGAAAUCAACAGAGCUGUCAGGUGCUGAUGCUCAAUCGAAAGAGUCCACUAAAGCAGGUUCAAUAUUUGGUUUGGACAAAGCUGCACCAUCAAAGGAAACAGGUGCUGAUGCCUCAUCAUUUAAUUUUGGUUUCAACAAAAAUAUUGACAGUGUUCCACAAGUGCCAUUUACUUUCUCUUCAUUGGUUGGUGGAGAGUCUACUUUUUCUAAAUUUGGUGGAGCUUCCGACUCAAAGCUGAGCUCGAUCAGUUCAUUUACUGCUGCUGGUGAUGUUGAUUCCGUGCCAAAAGUUCUUGAAUCAGAUAAUGCUGAUGCCAAGACUAAUAUAGUUUCUGGAUUCCCUGCCCAAUUAUCAGAACCGUCUGCAGCAUCUACAUCAUUGUCAACAUCAACGCCGAAUGUAUUUACCUCUGGCAACAUUUCAAGUCAAAAUAAUGGAUUUGCUGCUUCAAGCCCCACAUUUUCCUCCCCAUUUCUACCUGUGGUUACAAAUAAUUUUACAAGUCAGAAUAUGUUCAGCAGUUCAACCCUUGCAACAAGCAGCAGCAGCAUUAGUGCCCCUGCAACUUUCAGUACUAGCAUGACAACAAGCACCAUUGCUGUAAAUGUAUCCAGCAGUAGCAGUUCCUCUGCCUCAGUGACAACCUCUUCAUCUCCAACAACUUCCCUUUUCAAAGCUGGAUCCACCCCUUUACCAUCAUCAGUAAGUUUACCUGUAUCAUCUUCUGGCUCAGAACCAGUGGAAACCAAGGGCGGACAGAAUGCUGGAAUUGGCAUUUUUGGGUUUAGUUCGUCGGCAACAUCUGCAAAUAGUCAGUCUCAGAUUCAGGGUUCUGUCUUUGGCAGCACUAUAAGUGGGUCCACCGUUGGUACUCUAGCACCUAGUGCUACUAGUGGUUUUGCAACUUCAACACAGAGUCAGCCUGUGGUAUUUGGUUCAUCUUCAUCAUCCCCGUUGUUUGGGCAGACUGGGAAUACAUCUUUUUCUUCAGGGAGUUCAUCAGCCCCUUCUUCAAGUCCUGCAACAAAUGUUUUGAACUCUGGUACAGCUUCUGGACAAAGCACCCCUGCUUCCUCUUCGGAAGCCAUCCCUGUUAGCUCCAAUAAUGGCACAAGUUCUACAUUGUUUGGUGCUCCUAUUUGGCAGCCCAGCAAAUCUUCUCCUUUCGGUGCUCCCUUUAGUUCAUCAUUGUCAUCUUCAUCUGCAUCUACCUCUGAGUUCUCCUUUGGAGCAUCCACUCCUGUUGCUUCUACCAGUUCUCCGAUGGUAUUUGGAUCAUCCACAGGUGCAUCAGUUCCUCAAUUCUCAUUCACUUCAGCUGCAGCUAAUACCAAUGCGCAGCCUGCUUUUGGAAAUCCUAGUCCCGUCUUUCCAUUUGGUUCAGCUUCUGUUAAUAAUGAUCAGACAAGCAUGGAGGACAGUAUGGCUGAGGACACAUUUCAAGCAACACCACCCGUUACUCCAGUAUUUGGUCAACAACCUGUCCCAGUUCAAUCAAAUUUUGUAUUUGGAGGUCAACAGAAUAUUGCUCCACAGAAUCCUUUCCAGUUUGGGGGUCAACAGAAUAUUGCUCCUCAAAAUCCAUCUCCAUUUCAGGCUUCUGGCAGUCUAGAAUUUAAUGCCGGAGGGAGUUUCUCGUUGGGCACUGGUGGUGUUGACAAGUCUGGUCGAAAGCGUAUUAGUAUUAAACACAACCGGCAACGUAAGAAGUAAGACUAUUGUUUAUGGAAAUGGUUAUUAUUGUAACUGCUACAGUCUCUGCUAUUGAUUAGUGCAACAAAUAAAUAAGCUCGAAGUGAGUUAUCAUAAUUUAACUGUUGAGGUUGAGUUCUGGAUAAGUGAUGCUAUUGAGAAGAAAAAAAAUCAACUCAUGCAUGCUGGUCGGUCUCGUUUGUUUUGCUUCUUAUACAAUGUAAGGCAUAACUCUGCAAAAUUUUGUAUUAGUAUAUGGUAUGAUAUUACAUUAUUUGUUGUAUCUGUAAUAGUUCUAGAUCAAGAUUUGGUCUGUUUUGUUGUUCUCAAAUCAUUGUAUUUUAUCGUUUGCUUGUAUCAUAGCCUGAAUUAGGCAUGGAUUUGAUAUAUGGCUUAGCUGGUGAUCAAAUAACUUCAACUGGGAAGCCUGUCGAUUAUUCUUGUAGGGCCUCCAUUUAUUCUAGCACAAGUUUUCUGUUUGGUGAACGACUCGAAAUACUUUAAUCUAAAAAGAUAUGUUUAUUUAUU